CGUAAUAAUUAUUAUAUAUGGCAUUUAUUCCACAGUGCUGACUGCUACUGCAUUGCAUGCAUGCUGGCCUUUAUUAUGAUCGGAGGAGAUGAGAGUAAUUAAUACUUGUGGGGUAUAUAUGUCUUAUUUAAUUUAUAUCCACUUUAACUGCGAAUGCUAGCAGAGGUUGUGAGCUUCCCGGUGGCGUCGUCGUUGUGAGACUUUGUGGCGGUCGAAUAUGGGGCCGGCGGCGGUGACUGUCCGUACGAUGGUGGUGUCUGCCCGUAAGUGGGUGGGGUAUAAACAAUUGGUGGCGAAUAUGCUUGUGAAGGCGGCGGCGGUGGAGAAUACGUUGGUGAAGGCGGUGGCGGUGAGUAUGUUGGUGGCGGCGGAGGAGAAUAUGUUGGUGAAGGCGGUGGUGGAGAGUAUAGAGGAGGCGCAUGGCCAUGAGAGGGUGGUUGACCACCGGUGGAUGGAGGUGGAGAGCUACCGUAGGAGGGUGGAGGAUUGUUAUGCCCAUGAGAUGGAGGUGUGUGAUGGCCGUGAGACGGUGGGGACGGAGGGGUAUGAUGGCCAUGAGGCGGUGAAGACGGAGGGGUGUAUCCACGAGAAGGUGGCGGAGUUCCUCCGCCACCAUAGGGUGGUUGCGAUCCACCACUGCCGUGGGGUGGCGGUUGAUUAUGAUGUCCAUGAGAGGGAGGAGAAUAACCACCAGCAUCGCCACCAGAAGGCGGUUGAUGUCCAUGAGAUGGAGGAGGUGUGUUCCCACGAGAAGGAGGAGAGUAACCACCUCCGCCGCCGCCGCCGCCGCCGCCAGAAGGUGGUUGAUGUCCACGAGAUGGAGGAGGUGUGUUCCCAUGAGAGGGAGGAGAAUAGCCACCGCUGCCACCACCACUGGAAGGCGGUUGAUGUCCAUGAGAUGGAGGAGGUCUAUUCCCUUGAGAAGGAGGAGAAUAACCACCACCACCGGAAGGCGGAGAGUAACCACCUCCUCCUCCGCCACCAGAAGGCGGUUGAUGUCCAUGAGAUGGAGGAGGUCUGUUCCCUUGAGAAGGAGGAGAAUAACCACCGCCACCACCAGAAGGCGGUUGGUGUCCACGAGAUGGAGGAGGUGUUCUCCCUUGAGGAGGAGAGUAACCACCACCUCCUCCGCCACCAGAAGGCGGUUGAUGUCCACGUGGAGGAGUACCAUGAUAAGAAGGUGGCGGGUUUGCACCGGAGGGGGGUGGAUACCCACUGCCGCCAGAGGGGGGUGGUGGGUUCCCUUGAGAAGGAGGAGAAUAACCGCCACCGCCCCCAGAAGGCGGCUGGUUUCCACGUGGAGGAGUACCAUGAUGAGAAGGCGGCGGGUAGGUGCCGGAGGAAGGCGGAGACCCGCUGCCGCCUGAGGGAGGUUGAUGUCCGUGAGAGGAAGGAGGCGGGGUCAAAGGUUGCUGGCGGGGAGGUGGCGGAGGAUAUCCAUAGCCGCCUUGUGAAUUGGCCGGCGAUAUAACAAGUGAGAAGGGGAGAGAGAGAAGAAUUAUUAGGAAGAAGUUGUGAAAGAAUGGGAGUGUGCUCUUCUUCUUCAUCAUUGCAUGCAUGCAAUUUGAGUGAGUAAGAAGAGAGUGAAUGGGAGUAUAUAUAGAGGGAAGAGUUUAGGUAUAAGUCCUCGAUCACAAAUUUCAAAUUUAUUUUUCAAACAUUUCCCACAAAUUGAACUUAUACCAUCUUAAAAAUAUCAAUAAUUCUUUUUUUGCUUA